ACUUCUUAACAGGGUUGGAAAAUGAUGGGCAAUUAUGAUAUUGGCAGAUGUUUGAUUAACAUGAUAUUACAUAAUUUCAAUUUUGUAAAGUCGACUUAAGCUAAAUAUUGUUUACUUGAAAUGAUAUGAAUAAUAUUUCCAUGCUAAAAUUAAAUUUGGAGUGAAAUUUAAUAUGAAGUUUUAAUUAAAUAUAUGAAUUAAUAUAUUUUUCAACUGUAGUCAAAUUAAGAGUAACCAUUUUGAUUUUAUCACAUUACCUAGCAUGUGGCCAAUUUCUUUCACCUAAUAAUGUUUUUCUUGUUCAGAGGACAAAAAAGGUCGUUUAAAUUAUUUUUGGUGUCUGCAUUUUAAUAGGUAUUUUAUUUUAAUAAAGAAACAGAAAAAAAAACAUGGCAGUUAAAGGCACCACAUUGUUGGCGGUUGUAGUUGGUUAUUAUUUUGAAACGGUGUGCCUGUAUCCGAAGAAACAUGUUCUAAUCCCAUUGUCUUAUUUAUACAUGAACAACGCCAUUUGAUUUGAGUAUUCACUGCUCCUCUGUUUUUCUUCUUCUUCACUCUCUCGCUUAACCAACAAUGGCUCCAUCUUCUAUGACUGUUACUUCCCGUUUUCAUGAUUCCGUCACCAGAAAUGCACUUCGCUCCUAUCUCGCUGAGUUUAUCUCCACUUUCUUCUUCGUCAUUCUCGUCGUUGGUUCUGGAAUGGCCUCACGGAAGUUGAUGCCUGAUGCUUCACUGAACCCAACUAGUCUGGUUGUUUCUGCAAUUGCAAAUGCUUUUGCUCUGUCCUCUGUUUUGUACAUUGCGUGGGACAUCUCUGGCGGACACGUCAACCCGGCUCUGACCUUUGCAAUGGCGGUGGGAGGCCACAUUAGUGUUCCAACUGCACUCUUUUAUUGGGUUGCUCAGUUAAUAGCCUCUGUCAUGGCUUGCCUUGUCCUCAGGGUCAUUGUUGUUGGAAUGCAUGUUCCAACAUACACUAUUGCAGAAGAGAUGACAGGUUUUGGAGCAUCAGUACUAGAGGGUAUCCUGACAUUUGUUUUGGUGUACACUGUGUAUGCUGCUAGGGACCCUAGGCGUGGUGCAUUGAGUUCCACCGGAACACUUGCAGUUGGCUUGAUAGUAGGGGCAGGUGUCUUGGCCGCAGGUCCAUUCUCCGGCGGAUCACUGAACCCGGCUUGUGCUUUCGGUUCGGCCGCCAUCGCCGGCAGUUUCAGGAACCAAGCAGUGUAUUGGGUUGGACCCUUGAUCGGUGCUACCGUAGCUGGCCUUCUUUAUGACAAUGUGGUGUUCCCUCCUCAGCCUUCAGAUUCAAUUAGAGGGGUAGAAAUUGGGGUGUAAUGUUAUGUUAAUAAUAUAUGGUUGUUGUAGUCUUAAUUAGACAUGGUAUAUAGUAUUCUUGAUAACUUGAUUGUAGUGAUCACUGAACAACUAGUAUGUGAUUUUAUAGUUGAGUUUCAUGUAGGAAGUGUUGUGGACAUAUUUGACACAUUGGCUUGUAUAAGUGUAUUUUUAAGGGUUAGCAAUUUCCCCAGUGGCAAAAUUAUGUAGUCUUUUUAUCACAGAUUGUUCAUUUGAAAAUUCCAAACUCGGUGUAAAGAUUUGAUUUUUUCGGGAAAAAAUUCAU